AUGACCACCCGUUUACUCGCGUAUCUCCAGCUCGGCAUCGCGCUCUACCACUCGGGGGUUAGAGCCCAGGCUACACUCAACCCCACGGAUACGAUGAUCAUCAGCAACGCGCAAGUCAGUCCGGACGGCUUCGCUCGAUCGGCUGUCGUUGUCAAUGGUGUCCACCCAGGCCCACUUCUUACAGGACAGAAGGACGAUACCUUCGCCAUUAAUGUGGUCAAUGAACUCAAUGACCCGACGAUGCUUCGUAGCACCAGUGUCCACUGGCACGGUCUCUUCCAGAAGGGAACCAACUGGGCUGAUGGCGCGGAAGGUGUCAACCAGUGUCCUAUCAGUCCUGCCUCCCCCGAGAACACUGAGAAUGCGUUUGAGUACCGUUUUACCCCUGCUGGACAUGCUGGAACGUUCUGGUACCAUUCGCACUUUGGUACGCAGUAUUGCGAUGGCUUGCGUGGUCCGAUGGUCGUUUAUGACCCCCAGGAUCCAUACUUGGGCGACUACGAUGCCAGUACAGUCAUCACCCUAGCGGACUGGUUCCACACCCCUGCUCCCUCCCUUCGCGCCCCUUUCCGCCCCGACGCCACUCUCAUCAAUGGGAUCGGGCGAACUCCCGGAGGCGAGCAGGUCGACCUUGCCGUCGUCAAUGUGGAGGCUGGGAAGAAGUAUCGCUUCCGAGUGGUCUCUCUGGCCUGCGAUGUCAACUUCCAGUUCUCAAUUGACGGGCACAAGUUGACCAUUAUCGAAGCUGAUGGGCAGUUGACUGAUCGACUUGAAGUUGAUAGGAUCCAGAUCUUCACUGGCCAACGAUACUCCGUCAUUCUCAACGCAAACCAGGAACCUGGCAACUACCGUAUCCGCGCAAUCCCCAACGCCGGAGUCCCAGGUCUGGUCGGUACAGUUGACGAGGGCGUCAACUCUGCCAUCCUGCGCUACGCCGGCGCACCCAUCGAGGAGCCCUCCUCCGACCCGCCCGCCAACCCCGUCGACCUGCGCGAAUGGGAGCUCCACGCCUUCUCCGGACCAGGCUUUGACCCCUCUGCGCCAGGUACGCCGGAGAUCGGGGCGGCGGAUGUGGUGCUGCCGCUGCAGUUUACCUUUGUGGGGGGCAAGUUCCAGGUUAAUGGGGUGGCGUAUGAGAGUCCGGAUGUGCCUACGCUUUUGCAGAUUAUGAGCGGUAGGAAUCCUGGGGAGCUUAUGCCCGAGGGGUCCGUGCAUUAUUUGCCUAGGAACCAGGUUGUGGAGGUGCAGAUUCCGAGUGGGUCGAUUAGUAAUAGUGGACCUCAUCCGUUCCAUCUUCACGGCCAUGCCUUCAGUGUUGUCCGCAGUGCGGGUAACAGCACCCCCAACUUUGUUAAUCCUGUGAAGCGGGAUGUUGUUAGUAUCGGCGGUGCAUCGGAUUCAGUCACUAUUCGAUUCGUUACGGAUAACCCUGGACCCUGGUUCUUCCACUGCCACAUUGAACCCCACUUGGUCGAUGGUCUUGCUAUCGUCUUUGCCGAAGCUAUGGAAGAUACUGUGCAGGCCAACCCUCUCCCCGAAGAUCGUGAGUACUGUUCUGUACUCCAUGCUUUCAGUGGCAAUCUUUGCUAA